GAGCGGGGAUAACUGAGGAAUUAAACCGGUUAAAAUGAGCGAGGCCCUCAGCACCGGGAGGCCCAGCGUUUACCUAAGGCCGCGCUUUCCGCCGGGCAAUACGGAAUGGCUAAAGGGCCAAAAUUGCUGCAAAACAGCUACAGCGGGGCUGGGCCGGCUCCGGUGGUCCGAGAGGAGCCCUGCGCGCUUCUUCCGCGCUGGCUCUGGGCCGGGGUCCGGCGCCGCCUGCACGGGACGGGCGCGACCCCCGCCCCUCCCCCACCGCUGAUCCCCAUCGUGGUGGAGCAGACGGGCCGGGGGGAACGCGCCUACGACAUUUACUCGCGGCUGCUGCGGGAGCGGAUCGUCUGCGUGAUGGGCCCGAUCGACGACAGCCUGGCCAGCCUGGUGAUCGCCCAGCUGCUGUUCCUGCAGUCCGAGAGCAACAAGAAACCCAUCCACAUGUACAUCAACAGCCCCGGAGGCUCGGUGACCUCGGGGCUGGCCAUCUACGACACGAUGCAGUACGUGCUGAGCCCGGUGUGCACCUGGUGCGUGGGGCAGGCGGCGAGCAUGGGCUCCCUGCUGCUGGCGGCCGGGCGGCCCGGCCUGCGGCACGCGCUGCCCAACGCCCGCAUCAUGGUGCACCAGCCCUCGGGGGGGGCACGGGGCCAGGCCACCGACAUCGCCAUCCAGGCCGAGGAGAUCCUGCAGCUGAAGCGGCAAAUCAACGGUCUGUACGCCAAACACACGGGGCAGCCGCUGCCCGUCAUCGAGGCGGCGAUGGAGCGGGACCGUUACCUGAGCCCGCUGGAGGCGCGCGAUUUCGGGCUGCUGGACCAGGUGCUGGUGCACCCCCCGGCCCGGGGGCAGGACGAGCCCCGAGUGCUGCCCCGGGACCCCCCCCCGAGCCCCCCGAGCCCCCCGGGGCCCCCCCAGAGCCCCCCGGGGGCCUCCUGAGCCCCCCCAGCCCCGAACCGAGUGUGGAAAUAAAGCAGUGCCGGCCA